AUGGUACUCCGGGUGUCUAGCGUGCUCGCAGUUGCGACCGCGCUGUCGCUUUCAUGUGUCGCAUCAGCCUACCGAAACUCGACGUCGAUGAACCUGGUGAGGGAGCUCAGCGUCCUCGAUGACCGUCCCAAGGACUGCCCUCCAUGCUUCAACUGCAACCUGCCUACUUAUUCGUGCGGCCAAUACGCCCCUUGCAGCUCCUACAAUGGCAAAUGCAACUGCCCUGCUGGCUUCGGCGGCGACAACUGCCUAGAACCUUUGUGCGGAUCUCUCGCCCACGGCCCCGACCGGCCGGUGCGCGAGGACAAAUAUUGCGGCUGCGACGAUGGAUGGACGGGCAUCAACUGCAAUGUUUGCGCAAACGACCGCGCUUGCGACGCCCUGGUAGAGACAGGACAAGACGGAGUCUGCUACAAGGGCGGCAAUGUCGUCAAGCAAAACUACCAGAUGUGCGACGUCACCAACCAGGCCAUCCGGAAACUCUUGGGGGAUAAUGUUCCGCAAGUCACCUUUACCUGCAAUAAGGAAUCGGCGGAAUGCGAUUUCCAAUUUUGGGUCGACCAGCGCGAGUCUUUCAUGUGUCAGUUGACUGACUGCGAAUCCGACGCCGAUUUCAACUUCGCCGGGGGCAAGAACACGACUAGUUACAAAUGCGAGCAUAUAUCCUGCGAGUGCAUUUCUGACCGCAUGCUCUGUGGCGAAAAUGGCUCGGUCGAUAUCAGCGAGUUCCUGGUCAAGGAGAUCAAAGGUCCCGCGAGCUUCGAGUGCUCCCAGCUGGCUGGCGCGGGCAAUGACUGCUCCUUCCAGGAGCCUGCCAUGAACGACCUGAUCAGCCAGAUGUUUGGAGAUUCCAGCAUUCUCUUGACGUGCGGCGCCGGCGAGUGUCUGUACCACACUGAAGUGCCCGGGUAUGCGCCUCAGGUGCCCAAGAUCAACACGCCGCUCAUCGCUGGAGUCAUUGCCGGCUGCUCGCUUUUCCUUGUCGGCGCGAUCCUCGGCACCUGGUAUCUUUCGAGGAAAAAGUUCAAAUACGUGCCCCUGCCUCUGGACGACUCGGACGACGAGGCUAUCACUCUCAUGACGGACCACAAGCCGGCCUCUCUAUAUUUUGAGAAUGUGUCUUACAACUUCAACGGCAAAGACAUUCUGUCCGGCAUCCAGGGCAUGGCCCAUCCGGGCGAAGUCACUGCCAUCAUGGGCGCCUCUGGGGCCGGCAAGACCACCUUCUUGGACAUCCUCGCUCGCAAGAACAAGCGGGGCCAGGUGCUUGGAGACUUCUACGUCAACGGUGAAAAGGUCGGCGACGUCGACUUCAAAAACGCAGUGGGGUUCGUUGACCAAGAAGACACGAUGCUUCCCACCCUGACUGUGCACGAGACCAUCCUAACUAGUGCCCUCCUGCGGCUGCCGAGAGACAUGGGCCGAGCUGCAAAGGAGUUGAGAGUCACCGAGGUCGAGAAGCAGCUGGGUAUACACCACAUCCGCGACUCUCUGAUUGGGUCCGAAGAAGGGAACGGGCGUGGCAUCUCUGGAGGAGAGAAGCGUCGAGUCGGCAUCGCCUGCGAGUUGGUCACCAGCCCGUCCAUUCUCUUCCUCGACGAACCUACCAGCGGCCUCGAUGCGUACAACGCCUACAACGUGAUCGAGUGCCUGGUCACGCUAGCCAAGACAUACAAGCGGACUAUCAUUUUCACCAUCCAUCAACCUAGAUCCAACAUUGUUGCGCUCUUCGAUCGGCUAAUCCUGCUGGCUCGCGGUAAGACCGUCUAUUCCGGCCCAUUACAUCAGUGCCAAGACUAUUUCGACCACAUUGGAUACAGCUGCCCUCCUGGCUUCAAUAUUGCCGAUUACCUUGUCGACUUGACCAUGCACGCCGGCAACACCACGUCGUACGAUGACGGCACUGUCGCGGCGGAUGCGGCGAGCGUUGGCCCGAGCAGCACCAGAGCUGUCAAGUCGAUUGCUAGUGCUGGUGGCAGCAUUGGAGAGGACAGCGGGGUCGAGGCCUCGUCCUCGCGGCCCAAGGGUAUGCGCCGCAAUUCUGUGAGACUCAGGCAGGAAAGAGAGCUUUUUACGAGGCGCAAACACGUCGAUACCGCCGCCUCCUCGGAUGCCGGCGACGAAUUUGGCGCCUACAGGCUCCAGAAACAGACGCUCGGAGCCGUCCCGCCUCCUUUGAAUGACGAUCUCCACGACCUCCCGCCGCCGGCUUUCAUUGGUACCGACCUUGAUCUUCUUGUGCACUCGUACAUUCAGUCUGAUAUCGCCGGGAACACACAUGACGAGAUACAACAAUCUAUCGCUUCGGCAACGGCAAGCAACGGCCAAAACUCCAACGGACACGCGUCAGGAAGCCCUGAUCUCAACCCUGGGGCGAUGGGCAAGGGGUAUGCUCGCGUUGGGUAUUUCCGACAGUUUGUCAUUCUGUCCCAGCGAACCUGGAGGAACCUAUAUCGCAACCCAAUGCUCAUGUUGACGCACUACGCAAUCGCCAUCCUCUUGGCCGUCUUUGCUGGCUACCUGUUUUAUGGGUUGAGCAUGGACAUUGCCGGGUUCCAGAACCGGCUUGGCCUGUUCUUCUUCACCCUCGCCCUAUUUGGUUUCAGCACGCUGACCAGCCUGGGCGUGUUCUCCCAAGAGAGGCUGCUCUUUGUGCGCGAGAGGGCCAACGGGUACUACUCGCCCAUCACCUACUUCGCCGCCAAGGUACUGUUCGACAUUGUCCCCCUCAGAAUCAUCCCGCCCAUUCUCCUAGGCGCCAUAAUCUACCCCAUGACGGGCCUCGUUGCCCAAGCCGACAAAUUCUUUGUCUUUAUGCUUGUAUUGAUAUUCUUUAAUUUCGCCGCUGCUGGCAUCUGCCUCUUCAUCGGCAUUGUCUGCAAGGACGGUGGCGUGGCCAAUCUCAUCGGAAGCUUAGUCAUGCUGUUCAGCUUGCUGUUCGCCGGUCUCCUCCUCAACCACGACGCCAUCCCCGGGCCUGCCCAAUGGCUCCAGAGCCUCUCGAUCUUCCACUACGGCUUUGAGGCUCUUAUUGUUAACGAAGUGGCGCAGCUGAUUCUGGUCGACCACAAGCAAGGCAUCGACAUUACCGUCCCCGGCGCGGCUAUUCUCUCGCUUUUCGGCUUUCGCAACUCGGCCAUGUGGAUGGAUAUCAUCAACCUCGGGAUAUUCGGCGUCAUGUUCAUUAUCCUGGCAUAUGCCGCAAUGCACAUUCUCCUCGUUGAAAAGCGGUAA